AUGGCACGCGUAGCUAUGACAGGGACCGCGGCCGCGGACCCGGUGGCGGACGGGGCUGGGGUGCGCAAGCGCCGGCCAGAUACCCGAACCCGGUAUGAUACCGUCGUGCCGCCGGGGAUGCGCAGCGGACGCUGGAAUGGCUCCGAUCGCGUGCAACUGGAGGACGCGGUGAUGGUCGCAAGGAUCGCAGGGGCGGCGGAGCGCUCGUACGUCGAGCGCACCGCGCCAAAGAAGAAGGAGCUCACCAAGGAGCAGCUCGCGGCUCGGGCCGCGGCACGCAAGGCCAAGAAGGCCCGGCAGAAGGCGCGCCGGGCGAAGGAGGCUGGCGAGCGCGCCGCGAGCGAGGCCGAGCGCGCGGAGGCCCCGCGGGCGCAGCUGCGCGAGAACAUCCAGUACGUGAUGGCCGGGCUGCGGACUGCAGCUGCGCAGACGCGCAGCCAGGCCGGGUCCAAAAUAGAGGUCGAAUAUUCGCUGCCCCCGGAGAGGGACGACGGAUAUCGGCGCGGCCCCAGCAAGGUGUACGCCAAGGUUCCCCAGGGGACCGUGGCGACGACCGUCGCCUCGGACUGGCUCGCAACCGAGCUGGCCGAGUAUGGAGAGAUAGAUGCGGCAUGCCGCGACAGAUUCGUCAUGCACCUGAUGACGGCCGCCGGCGCCUCGGCGCCGGCCGACGCCGUGUUCAGGUUCACAGCCGGCGAGGCGAUGCAGACCUCUCGCCCGAUCUCCGCGUCGGGCGAGGACGACGACGAGGACACCGGCUCCGAGGAGUAUUCCGACGACAGGGCGUCCGACCGCUAG